UCAGAGGGAUCUCUGGUCAAGGCACGGUUAAGCUGGAUCCGGGAUGAUGCUAACAGAGCAGCUUCUCUUGUUGGUUUUGGUGUCGCUGUCCUGCACUGCCCAAGAAGGAAGAGGAGGAUAUGGGAUGUUUUCUAUCCAAACCUCUCAGCCCGAUCCCUGCUACGAUGAGAACGGAAACCCAAGGAGGUGUAUCCCUGACUUUGUCAAUUCUGCUUUCGGCAAGGAGGUGAAGGUGUCCAGCACGUGUGGAAAGAGUUCGUCGAGAUACUGCGUGGUGACAGAAAAAGGAGAAGAUAGAUUCCGCAACUGUCACAUCUGCAAUAUGUCCGACCCCAAGAAAGCUCACCCGCCGUCCUUUUUAACUGACCUCAACAACCCUCACAACUUGACCUGCUGGCAGUCCGAGAACUACAUCCAGUAUCCCCUGAACGUCACCCUUACUUUGUCCCUUGGUAAGAAAUUUGAGGUGACCUACGUGAGUCUGCAGUUCUGCUCUCCAAGACCAGAGUCCAUGGCCAUCUUCAAGUCAAUGGACUAUGGCAAGUCCUGGGUACCUUUCCAGUUCUACUCAACCCAGUGCAGAAAGAUGUACAACAAGCCCAACAAGGCAGUGAUCACUAAGCAAAACGAGCAGGAGGCUAUCUGCACCGACUCUCACACGGACAUGCACCCUCUCUCUGGUGGUUUGAUAGCCUUCAGUACCUUGGAUGGUCGCCCAUCCGCUCAUGACUUUGAUAAUUCCCCAGUGCUGCAAGACUGGGUGACGGCCACCGACAUCAAAGUGGUCUUCAGCCGCCUUCAUACGUUCGGGGAUGAAAACGAAGAUGACUCCGAGCUUGCCAGGGACUCGUACUUUUACGCAGUGUCAGAUCUGCAGGUAGGAGGUCGAUGCAAGUGCAACGGCCACGCGUCUAGGUGUGUCAAGGACCGAGACGACAACUUGGUUUGCGAAUGCAAGCACAAUACCGCUGGCCCCGAGUGUGACCGAUGCAAGCCCUUCCACUACGACAGACCUUGGCAGAGAGCUACGGCGAGAGAAGCCAAUGAAUGCGUGGCCUGUAACUGUAAUCUGCAUGCUCGCCGGUGUCGCUUUAACAUGGAGCUCUUCAAGCUGUCGGGACGCCGGAGCGGAGGGGUCUGUCUGAACUGCCGACACAACACGGCUGGCCGCCACUGCCACUACUGCAAGGAGGGUUAUUACAGGGACAUGACCAAGCCCAUCACUCACAGGAAGGCGUGCAAAGCCUGCGACUGCCAUCCGGUGGGUGCAGCCGGCAAAACCUGUAAUCAGACCACGGGCCAGUGUCCUUGCAAAGAUGGAGUGACUGGCAUAACAUGCAAUAGAUGUGCCAAGGGCUACCAGCAAAGCCGCUCGCCCAUUGCCCCCUGCAUAAAGAUUCCCGUGGCCCCCCCGACUACGGCCGCCAGCAGCGCAGAGGAACCCGCAGAUUGUGAAACCUACUGCAAGGCAUCAAAAGGCAAACUGAAGAUCAACAUGAAAAAGUACUGCAAGAAAGAUUACGCUGUGCAGAUCCAUAUCUUGAAGGCGGACAAGGCUGGAGACUGGUGGAAGUUCACCGUGAACGUCAUCUCCGUGUACAAACAGGGGACCAACCGCAUCCGGCGGGGAGACCAGAACCUCUGGAUCCGCUCGAAGGAUAUCGCCUGCAAAUGCCCCAAGCUGAAGCCCUUGAAGAAGUAUCUGCUCCUCGGAAACGACGAAGACUCCCCAGACCAGAACGGGAUAGUGGCAGAUAAGACCAGCCUGGUCAUACAGUGGAGGGACACGUGGGCCAGGAGGCUGAGAAAGUUCCAGCAGAGAGAAAAGAAAGGGAAAUGCAAGAAAGCUUAGGAGCGGCGGAAGGAGAAUUUAGAAGGCCCUCAAAAAAAAAAGAACUGGAGAUGAGUAGAA